CCACCUUUAUCGUCCAGCGCCGGUAUUACUGUCGUGGUCAACGGAAACUGCGGUCCACAGGCGGCGACGACGACACCGACUCCGGCUCCCUUUACGGCUCCGCCCACGCCUUUCACUUCGCCUCCGCUGUUUUUAACCACAGCCCCCAGUAUACCCACACCUCCAUUCUUCCAGCAGCAAGUGUUUUCCGGAACAGUGCCAUGUCUUACUUCCGCAGGAUCCACUAUUGGAACAUUCCCAGCGACGUAUUCAGCCGGCCAACAGUUCCUCACAUAUUCGCUGGCUGGAACAAACGAAUUCAUUGUGAAUAAUAACGGAGCCAUCACAAACGCGGUGGUACUUCCCUCUGGAGCUACUAGGACAUUCACGUUAGUGGCAUCAGACCCUCGUUACCCUUCUGCAACGGCCAGCGCACAAAUUAUCAUCAACGUCGGGAUUUGCCCUCAGACGCCACCAACAACCUCUGCACCGAUUCCGCGUCCAGCUUUCCCGCAAAGUCAGUACGUGGCAACGGUGUCCUGCAUUACUUCGCCCGGAUUCGUCAUUGGAACCAUGACUGCUCAAUACUCGCUCCCGCAACAAUUGACAUAUAACCUUGCCGGCACAAACGCUUUCACCAUUGACAAUUCGGGAAGAUUGACAAAUACCGUGCCAUUGGAUGGUGCCGUAGUUCCUUCAUACACAUUUACGGUUAUUGCUUCCGAUUCCAGAAAUACAGCAUCCAGUGCGACGGCUGUCGUUGUGAUAAAUGUCCAGCCUUGUAUAGCAUCUACGACCCCAACAACGACUGCCAUUACUACACCCCCUGUAGCACCGCCUAGUUUCCAGUUAGCACAGUAUUUCGCCAAUAUUUCCUGUUUAACAACGCCGGGAUUUCUGAUUGGCACAAUUACGGCACAAUACAGUCGACCGCUUACGUAUUCUUUGGUGAAUACCAACGCAUUCACUGUGGACAAUUUUGGCCAAGUGACCAACACAGGACCAGUAAAUGGAGCUGUUGUCCCUACCUACUUCUUCUCCAUUGUGGCACGAGACACAGCAAAUCCGGCGAUCAGCGCCACCGCGCAAGUAGUAAUUUCCGUAGGGUCCUGUGUUGCGCCCGUUGCCACAACUCAGCCAACACUGCCUCCAACUGUCCCGACUGCCCCCACACCGCCUCCUUUUGUUUUCACGACACCACCGUUUAUCUUUACCACUCCCCCUUUUGUCUUUCCUACGCCGGGUCCUACAACAUCUGCUCCAUUUCUUCCUACUCCUCCCCGUUUCUCACAACAGCAAUACGUUUUUAACAUUGCCUGUCAGAACAAUCCUGGUUUUCCUGUUGGCGCUGUAUCGGUGCAAUAUCAGCAGCCGCAACAACUUACGUUGACUUUGACUAAUACCAAUGAUUUCCGUAUCGACAAUUCUGGCCAAAUUACAGCAAAUGUUCCAAUGAACGGCGCUCAAAGACCGGUGCACAAUUUUAAUGCUGUUGCUCAAGAUUCGUUCAACCCGUCCCUUUCCGCCACCGCCCAGAUCGUGGUAAAUGUCGCUGCCUGCUCCUUCACAACACAACCCACCUUCCCGCCAACAUUGCCACCAACUACACCGGCUCCGCUCCCUCCACAGUUUCCACAGGGACAAUAUGUGUUCAACGUGCAGUGUCUGAGCAACAUAGGAAGCCCAAUCGGCACGACCAUAGCUCAGUAUUCACAACCUCAGCAGCUUGUCUACAAUCUGAUUAAUACAAACUCGUUCGCAAUAAAUAACGGCGGCCAGAUAUCCAACACCGUAUUGUUGAACGGAGCUAUUCAGCCGUCGAAUACGUUUACGGUGGUUGCUGCUGAUUCAAGAAAUCCGGUUUUAAGUGGAACUGCACAAAUCAUUGUCAAUGUGGCUGCUUGCAUUACACCCGGUACACCCGCUCCCGUGACCUUCCCGCCGACACUCCCUCCAACGCAACCUCCGCGUCCAGUUUUCCCGCAAGCCCAGUACACCGCUAAUGUUUCUUGUUUGACGUCUGUUGGGUUUUUGGUUGGGACGAUAACGGCCCAGUAUCCACAGCAGUUGGUAUACACACUGCAGAAUACGAACACUUUUAAUGUGGAUAAUUUUGGACAAAUUCGGAAUGUGAUUCCACUUAACGGAGCCCAGCUUCCUUCGUCCACAUUUUUUAUAGUUGCCGCUGAUCCUUCGAAUCCGUCGAACAGCGCUUCGGCCCAGAUAACCGUUUUUGUCGGCGUGUGUCCCACACCACCCCCAACGACUUCUGUCGCUGUAUUUACACCUCCUGUUACGUUCCCCACUCCGCCACCGGUUUUCACAUUCCCAACGCCACCAACCACACCGCGACCCACCCCUCCGCAGUUCUCGCAGUCACAGUAUACGGCUUCUGUGGCCUGCCAAAGUCAGCCUGGUUUUCCCAUAGGCACCGUGACGGCACAGUACUCCCAGCCUAACCAGCUCAGUUACACGUUAUCCGGAACAAACUCCUUCUCGGUAAACAACGCGGGCCAAAUCACGAACACAGUUCCGCUGGAUGGAGCAUUCAUUCCGACACAUACGUUUACCAUAACAGCCAUCGACGCAAGGAAUCCAUUGUUAAGUGCAUCAGCGCAAAUCCUGGUCACUGUUGCUGCGUGCACUACAACGACGUCCGAUUCCCAUAGUGACUACGCCCCAACCGCGCCCUCCUGUAUUCUCGCAAAAUGUGUACUUCGUGACUGCGGCGUGUUUGAGCAAUCCUGGCAGUACUGUCGGAAGUGUGCAGGCAACAGACCCGUCCGGAGCGCCGGUAGUUUAUCGGCUAACUGGAACCCCAUCAGAAUUCGAUGUCGACAUUUCGAGAGGAAAUAUUGUCGUUACCCGUCAACCAACAAGCUCAGGAUUCCGCACGAUAAUCGUAGUGGCGACAGGAGUGAAUCCAUCUCUGACUGCCUCGGCCACAGUCCAGAUCGUCAUCAACGAACCUUGUACAUCGCCCACUCCGGCUCCCUUCACCAACCCGAUAACCUUUGCAACCACACCAACGCCGAUUAUCACCACAACACUACCGGUUACUCUUCCUCCUCCGCCGCGUUUCACACAGGGACUGUACUUCUUCACGUACGGAUGCGCUUCCAGUAGUAAUCAACCAGUCGGUUCCGUCCAGGCUACAGGAAAUCAGAUUACAUACUCCUUGCAAGGCACCAAUGCCUUUACUAUCUCCAACACGGGAGAAAUCCGUGCGGUGUCGCCUCCACAAGGAUCGCAGACGGUGACCUUCCAGGUAGUGGCCA